GGAGACACGGCCCAAUGGCCGCCGCCGAGCGGCGCCGCGGCCCGUGAGGGAGCGAGGGGGGUCCCUGCCCUGAGGGGACCGGGGCGGCCGCGACCGGGGAGGGCUCCCGCAGCACCGCCCUGCCCGGCCCCGGCGCGCUCUAGAGGGGGGGAAACCGUGGUGGGACAGCGCGGGGAAGGAUGAGAGGAGAUAUCCCCCCUCGGUCAGCCACGCGGUGCAAUUCCGGACGCGCGGAGCUUGAGGACAGGGUUUCAGUAGCUGUGGCAUUCAUCAAGUAGACAUCAGGCGUGUAGGAACUCAGCAGCAACUUUGUCUUGAAGAUGGCAUCAUGCCUUUAUAAAUGCCUUUGUGAGGCAGACCUUGAAAAAUACUAUCCCCAUUUUGCUGCCUUUGGUCUUCAGAAUAUCGAUGAGCUUGCCAAAGUUUCCAUGGAAGAUUACACCAAACUGGGGGUCCAUGACAUGAACGACCGCAAACGGCUCUUUCAGCUCAUUAGAAUAAUCAAAAUUAUGCGAGGGGAAAGCGUUGCAGACUCAAGCAAGCAGGAUUUUCAACCACGUGGCCUUUUCAUUCAGCCCCAGGUGGCCAGGUCAGGUCCCCGUAGGCAGCUGCGUUUUGAGUCCUUCUUUGAAGAGAAUGAUGGAACAGUUAAAGACUCUGAGCCCGAAUUAUAUCGUUCAUCUGAUUUCAGUGCCAAUGAAGAGAAGGACAAUGCAGGGGAAAUGUUGGGACACAUUCAACCACAGGACUCAGAGCCAAUCAGAUUAACUAGAAGGGACCUAAAUACUCCUGGAAUAUGCAUGAAAAAGGACCUGAGCUGUCCAACGGUUUCUGAUGAUAUUGCCCCUCUCCUGGGGGAUUCUGAAUCUCCUAUUGUGCAAAGAGUAACUCAUAUUUCAGGGUAUAAUUACGGACUACCUCAUUCCUGUAUCAGGGAGGAGAGACAGCUGUAUGAAGUUGGAGCUUGUCUAUGUUGGCUGUGGGAAAAGAUUUGGUAUAUGAGAGGAUCCAUGGAGUCGAGGUAUCAAUUACAAAUCCCACUGAGAAUGCAUGUAGCCUGGAGAAAUAGUUGCUGCUGCCACAGUGGAAAAAUGCUAAGAUCCAACACUUCUGAGAAAGAGACUCCGUGGACAGAGAGUGAGAAAAUCAGAGUGUGUGUCCGAAAACGUCCUCUAGGCCUGAGGGAGGAGCGACGGGGGGAGGUGAAUAUCAUCACAGUGAAAGACAGAGAAACCCUACUGCUCCAUGAGAAGAAGGAGGCAGUUGAUCUUACACAAUAUAUUUUACAGCAUGUUUUUUAUUUUGAUGAAGUCUUUGGGGAGUCAUGUACCAAUCAGGAUGUGUAUAUGAAGACAGCCUAUCCUCUCAUUCAGCAUAUUUUUAACGGUUAUCUUCACAGAGGCAAUGCCACCUGCUUUGCCUACGGGCAGACUGGUGCUGGCAAGACUUACACCAUGAUAGGAACUCACCGGAACCCGGGACUCUACGCCCUGGCUGCCAAGGACAUCUUCGGACACCUGGAAGCUUCACCGUCAGGGAAGGACCUUUUUGUUUGCAUCAGUUUUUAUGAGAUCUACUGUGGGCAGCUUUAUGACCUGCUAAAUGGAAGGAAGAGACUUUAUGCAAGAGAAGAUGGCAAGCACGUGGUUCAAAUAGUUGGAUUGCAGGAAGUCCAGGUGGAGUCUGUAGAUGAACUGUUGGAGGUGAUUUUGAAGGGGGGGAAAGAACGUAGCACAGGAGCCACUGGAGUCAACUCGGAUUCCUCUCGAUCUCAUGCCAUCAUCCAAAUUCAAAUUAAAGAUGCAGCCAACAGGACAUUUGGAAGGAUAUCAUUCAUUGACUUGGCUGGCAGUGAAAGGGCAGCUGAUGCCAGAGACUCAGAUCGACAAACAAAAAUGGAAGGAGCAGAAAUAAACCAAAGUCUUUUAGCACUGAAGGAAUGCAUUCGGGCACUGGAUCAGGAACACGCGCACACUCCUUUCCGGCAGAGCAAAUUGACUCAGGUGCUAAAGGAUUCUUUCAUUGGCAAUUCCAAGACAUGUAUGAUAGCCAAUGUAUCACCCAGCCACUUAGCUACAGAGCAUACCCUGAACACUCUACGAUAUGCUGACAGGGUCAAAGAGCUGAAGAAAGGGAUUAAAUGUUCUACCCCUGUCACAAAUAGGCGUCGCAGAGCUGGAAACGUGUCUCCAAAACGUGUCCAGAGCACUCCCUCUUUGCCACCUGGGGAAAAGAGCUCUCCAAAGAAAGUGAAGCUAGGCCUACAGCAUCCCUCAAGUGCUACAAAAACAAAGGUGUAUCCUGCAGCACUCCAGCCACCUGGUGUCCCUCUUACCUCUACCCCAAGGGCAGUCGGCAAAGGACAUGCCUACAAAGGAAAUACCAGCACACCGUGCUUCCAGCUCCUGAGCCCAAUUAAGGGAGUCCUACGGAUAGCACAUCCCCUGAAGAAGAAAACUGAUGAUCUAUCUCCCCUCUCUGAACAGAGCCCCUCUGUGAAGGAUUUCAUCAUCAAAAGUGCUGCCACAGAUGAAACAAGAGACAGUGGCCAGAGAGACAAGUAUAUUCAAGACAGAUCACCUGUCCAGUGCCUGAAAGUCCAGACAGUGCAACCCAUUCAGAAACAGCUUCUUUCUAGAGAUGAUAUUUCCUUUGGAGAAGGAAAUCUGCCCUCUGACAGCAGACAGGAAUGGGGAAAUACUUUUGCUAAAGAAUGUGUUGAACCCUGGACAUAUCUGCCUCCAUUUCAGAAGGAAAGGGAGGAGCAUUUACGUCUUUAUCAUCAGCAGUUUCAGCAGCCACCUAUUCUACAACAAAAAUUGAACUAUCAACCCCUUGAGAGGUUUUUAAUGCAGUACAAGCCCGAGGAGAUUCAAGUGAAACAGGAACUGAGCCUUACUCCCACAGAAAUGCAGAACAAAGAGGGGAUGCCGCUGGAAGAUCUGGAUGACAGUGAUUUCAGUGAAGAUUCUUUCUCACCUGUCUGUAGUCAAAAGAGCGUGAAAAGGGGAAACACCAACAAAUGCAGUCAACAUUCCUUUUUCCUUCAUGAAAGAGAAGAAGGAACUGAAGAAGAGCAAAAAGGCCAAAAGCGACAGGAUUUAUUUUUUAAAUAUGCAAUACCCAUGCAAGAGCAUGAACUAGAUGACAGCUGGGAUUGUAUCGAGGGCAGCCCAAAGGCAGAGGAAUCCAUUAAAAAUGCAGGCUGCAGCAGAACUACAGCAGACUGGAACUAUGACUUAGCUAUUGAGUCCCCUCCAAGCAAUACUGCAGAAAAGCCUUACUGCCUGCAGGAAGAUCCUGCUUGUAGCUGGAAACACAGCAAGGAUUUCCUAGCUGAUCAGGAAGAGUACAAAACCAAACACAGAUGUCUUGUUUACUCCAGUGAAGCCACCUUAACUCCAGAAAAGGAUACUUCAAACCCAUAUGUAUCUCCUGUGUUGAAACCAGGAACUCCAGAGUGCAAAGAGAUUGAUCUCCAGCAUGAGGAGAGGGAAGAACCCACUUUGGACAAACAGGCUGCCCUCCCAGGAGAUGUACAAUGGAAAGCUCAUAAAAAUGGAGUUAACCACUGUGUCUCUUCCAGCUGCUCCUCAGAAUUCACUUCUGAGCUAAUAGCCCCUCUCCCGGUGUCCCCUCUUGACUGUGAGGAAACAGCUGAUCCAGACAAAGUGUCUUGCAACCAAGAGAAGUCCCCCGGUGAGAAGCAGGCUCCAGGCAGUGCUUCACAGGGCUCCCAGAGCAGGUGUGAGGAGGAGGGCUGGCAGUGCACGAGGAGCAGAGCCCUGACGGACAGCAUGCUGGAGCUGGGGGAGCAGAUCCGGCUGGUGGGAAGGCACCGCGCCCUGCUGUGCUUCCCGCGGGCCGGGCACAGGUGGCUCCCGCCCGCCUGCUGCCGUGCCAGGCCCUGCUGCUGCUGCCGCCUGGGCUCGGGGUCAGCACAGCAGGGAGGGGGCUUGUGUGUUGGGCCUUACCUCACAGAAACACCCACAGCUGGAUCCCCGGGCACCAGGGCAGAGGGAGAGGAUGAGGUGUCCCACAGUGACUCCGCGUGCAGGGAACACGCUGGUGGCAGACGGGGUGGUGCUGACCUUAAAGAUGGUGCUGGUAGUUCAGGAAAACCCAACUCGAGUCAAGGACCCAGUGUUGAGCCCAUGGCUGAGGAAACAAAUGCUGAAACACCUGAAAAGAGCUGUUUUUCAGAGGCAACGUGCUUUCUCAGUGUGGGGCACACGGAUCAUGCAGCCCAGUCCCCCUCUCAGGAGAACAGCCUGCUGCUGCAGCCCAAGUCAGGAGUGAGGAAUGAGGACCUCACCCAUUCUGAAGACCCUGCCAAGUCAUCAUUCAGCAGUGAGGAAACAGCAUUGCAAACAAAACAGUUAAUGCAGAGUGGUUUUACACAAGAGACUUCUGCUGCAGAUGCAGGAUGUGCAACCAAAGAUGAUAAGCCAGUAGCAAAUGCAAAGAGCCCCUCAGGCAUGUCCAUCAGCAACUCUCCAAGUGCUACGUCAGAGUUGGGGAAGUGGCAGAGGGAAGCCCUAGAAAAGGCACAACAGGCUGUAAUUCGUGCCCAUCAGGAGCAGCUGGAUGAAAUGGCAUGUUUGUGCUUCAAGGAGGAGUGCUUGAUAAAUCAAAUGUCAGCAAUGGUUGCUAUGGAAGGUAGAGUUCCCCUCAGCCAAGGCUGUGUACAGUGCUGGGAUUGCUCACGUCAGACCUGGCAGACCUGCAGCCAGGCAGAAGUUGGGCUGGGCCUGUGACCUGAUGAGAAAUAAACCCCUCACACCUCUCAAGAUUGGGCUGUUAUGUGUGAUCCAUGAGUGCCCAACGCCCCAUUUAUUUUCAUGAUCCAACAUGAGAGGUGUCAGGAACAGUGUCCAGUAGAUUGUAAAACUAGGUGACCAGUCCCUGUACCAAAUCUUUGAAAAGCUGACCAGUGUAGCAGAGUAACAACAGGCGUUUCAUACAUUUUUAUUUUUAAACCAUUGUAUUUGCUGUAAUUUCACCAACAGAUAAAACUACCAGAGUCAGUGAACCUUGGUAGUUAGAGACACUGACCUUUGUCUGUGAGUGUCAGGACUUAAAUAAGGAAAUGUUGUAAUCUACUAGACUGCAGAAUGGAAAACAGGCUUUUAUGCACUGCU